CUCCAGGCAGUCUCUUGGCAACCGGAUCUGGCUGCCAAACCGCCAAACCUUGAGGCGCAAUGACCUCUGGGAAUUGUAGUUCAGUUGGAAGGGCCUUUUAGGAGCCUCGUGACUGCAGGCCCGCAGUCUGCGGACUACAACUCCCGAAAUCAACCAUGAGGGCGAAUGGGUGGGAAGGGCCCCCAGCGAGCUCCGACCGGGAUUCCAUGCUCCCCAGUGACAGCAGCGGCAGGAAGCUGGCGGGUGCUACUCCGGCGCCAAGGCCUCUGGUUCCCCGAAGGGCGACAUCGGACAUUUCCCUACGUAACUCCCAUCUCUGGGCCCCGAGUCUGUGCAUGGCGAAGUCCCCGGAGAACUCUACCCUGGAGGAGAUUCUAGGGCAGUAUCAACGGAGUCUCCGGGAACGUGCAAAUAGAAGCAUUCACCAACUGAAAUGUGCCCUGAGAGAAGGUGAUGUCACCGUUGGAGAAGAUGCUGCGGGUCCCAGUGUGGAAAAUGAGGAAAAUGAGGAAAAUGAGGACGCUGGGACAGCCUGGCAUGAACUGCGACACAGCCAUGCCGUUAAUCAGCUCAAAGCUUUGUUGCGCCAACAAGCAACUAAGGAGAGUGAGGUGUCUCCAUCAAGAAGGCAAAAAGUGUCCCCUCUGCUAGCGUCAGAAGAUGAGGAAGCCAACGUGCCUACCAUCCACAAUCUUGUUCCGAUCAUCAAUGACCAGUCUCAGUACAUUCAUCAUUUAGAGGCAGAAGUCAAGUUCUGCAAGGAGGAACUCUCUGGAAUGAAAAACAGGGUACAAGUAGUUGUGCUUGAAAAUGAAAGUCUCCAACAAGAGCUGAAAUCUCAAAGACAAGAGGAAGCAAUGAGGGAACAAACACUUCUGGAUGCAUCUGGAAACAUGCAGAAUUCUUGGAUUACAACAGGUGAAGAUUCUGGGGUGGGUGAAGCUGCCAAGAGACGAUUCUCCCACGGCAACGCGGAUAUUGUCAUAGGUGCAUCUGCUGGGGAAGCCGAAAAACUGAAACCGGAACUGGAGAGGCUGAAACUUACUUAUGAAGAAAAGACUGAAGUCCUAGAAUCUCAAUUGAAAUUUUUAAGGAAAGACUUAGCUGAAUAUCAGAAAAAUUGUGAAGAUCUUAAAGAGCGACUGAAGCAUAAAGAGUCUCUCCUCGCUGCGAACACUUCUAACUGGGUUGGUGGCCUGUGUUUGAAAUGUGCUCAGCACGAAGCUGUUCUUUCCCAAACCCAUAAUAACGUUCACGUGCAGACCAUUGAAAGACUGACUAAGGAAAGAGAUGACUUAAUGUCCGCACUAGUUUCCGUCAGGAGCAUCUUGACAGACGUGCAGGAAAGAGAAGCCGGCGCUUAUGAGCAGGUGAAGCAAGCCGUGCAAGUGGCCGAGGAAGCCAAUUUCGAGAAGACCAAGGCUUUAAUCCAAUGUGAACAGUUGAAGAACGAACUGGAGAGGCAGAAAGAGCGACUUGAAAAAGAACUCGCAUCGCAGCAAGAAAAAAGGGCCUUUGAGAAAGAGAUGAUGAAAAAGGACCUAACAAAAGAAAAGGAGGACCUGGGAUCAAAGAUAUUGUCCCUGUCUCAAAAUAUUGCCCAACUGGAGGUCCAGGUUGAAAAGGUUACAAGAGAGAAGAUUUCAGCUAUUAAUCAACUAGAGGAAAUUCAAAACCAGCUUGCUUCCAAGGAAAUGGAUGUCACAAAGGUGUGUGGGGAAAUGCGCUAUCAGUUGAAUAAAACCAAAAUGGAGAAGGAUGAGGCAGAGAAGGAGCACAGAGAGUACAGAGCAAAAACUAAAAGGGAUCUUGAAAUGAAAGAUCAGGAAAUAGAGAAAUUGAGAUUAGAAGUCAGUGAAAGCAAACAGCACUUGGAACGGGAGCAGCAGAAGGCAGCCGGGGCCAGAGAGGAGUGCCUGCAACUGACAGAUCUGCUGAGCGAGUCCCAGCACCAACUGCACCUCACCAGAAUCUCGCAGAUCUGCCUCUUCCCCCUUGAUCGACUCUAUGAAAAUGUCUCAGUUCUUUGUCCUGCGGUACUGCAGAUAUUUUCACAUCCAAGAGAAGGUCUUGCCUUGAGACUGGAAAAAGAUAGCAUUCAGCAGAGGCUUAGCAACGAAGCAAAGGCCCAAGCCCUUCAGGCCCAGCAAAGGGAGCAGGAGCUGACACAGAAGAUACAGCAAAUGGAGGCCCAGCAUGACAAAACUGAAAAUGAACAGUAUUCACUGCUGACCUCCCAGAAUACAUUUUUGACAAAGUUAAAGGAAGAGUGCUGUGCAUUAGCCAAGAAACUGGAACAGAUCUCCCAAAAAAGCAGAUCUGAAAUAGCUCAGCUCAGUCAAGAGAAAAGGUAUACGUAUGACAAACUGGAAAAGUUACAGAGAAGAAAUGAUGAAUUGGAGAAACAGUGUGUCCAACAUGGGAGACUACAUGAGAUAAUGAAGCAAAGAGGAGGCAAGCCACUUGGAGGCAGAAGACGGGGAGCUUUCUCUGUUCCCGUUUUGCUUUCUCUUCCCCUGGAUUACGGAGAACGGCCUCGCACCACCCAGAAGCUGGGCCAGUGGAGCGUUCUUAUCCCAAACAAACGUUCCACAGCUGCCUGGCAGGAAGGGCAGUGGCCACCGUUCAGCCUAGAGAAUCACCCUCGUGUACAGGUUUCCGAGUGACCUGCUGCUCGGUUGGGGAUGGUGGGGGCUGCGGUCCUGCUUUCCUGAGGGAGCUGAUCUCUUCCUUGCACGGAGUCCUAGCAGGAGUGGUUUCUUAGGAGACUGGGCUGCUGAAAAUGCAAAUGGUUUCAAAAUGGUUUUCCAUAGGAGGAGAGCACUUGUUGGGAUGAGCACUGAGUGUUGUGUGGAAACCAAUUUGACAAUAAAUUAUAUUAAAAAAAAAAACAAAACCCAAAAUGGUUUUCAAUAAAUUCUUGGAUUGAGAACCCGUGCCUGGUUUUUAUUAAUUUUUAAUUUUUAUUUUUUUUAAUCUUUUUAAUGUUUAUUUAUUUUUGAAGGAAAGAGGGACAGAGAGUGAGUGGGGGAGGGGCAGAGAGAGAGGGAGACACAGAAUCCGAAGCACUGAACUGUCAGCACAGAGUCCAACGCGGGGCUCAAACUCACAAACCACAAGAUCAUGACCUGAACUGAAGUCGGUCACUUAACCGACUGAGCCACAUAGGCCCCCCCGCCGAGAACCCGUGCCUGGUUUUUAAAGGGUACUAUGAAUGCAUUAAGUCCCAUUCCUAGAAUGAUAAUGAAUGAAGAAAUCAGCAAGUAAUGAAUAACUGUCCUCUCUCUCAAUUGGGUGAAUAUCAUUUUUCUACUUCUCUUUUUGUCAUUUUUAUUUGGUCUAAGCAUCCAUCCAUUUUCCUUUCCUUUUUUUAAAUUUAUUUUUUAAUGUUUAUUUUAAUUUUGAGAGAAAGAGCACAAACAGGGGAGGGGCAGAGAGAGAGAGAGAGACAGAGACAGAGAAUCUGAAGCAGGCUCCAGGCUCCCAGCUGUCAUUACAGAGCCCGUUGCAGGGCUUGAACCCACACACUGUGAGAUCAUGACCUGAGCCAAAGUCGGACGCUUAACCCACUGAGCCACCCAGGUGCCCCCCAUUUUUCCUUUCUUAAUUAGGUCAUGGUAUUUGCCAAGAUGAUGAUUACAGCACACAAACUGCUUCACACACACACACACACACACACACACACACAAUAAUGCAACAUCCUGCCUCUUGCCUCCCUUGCUACAUUUGUUGUGGGCAGCACUUUUCCAUAUGUAUUUUGUGAACAAUCAGUUCCACAAAAUGGUCUUUGAAAAAAGCAGAGGAUUUAGUUUGGGACUUAUUGCAUAAACUACCCACUCUUUAGAGAGGGAAAACUUACAUUAGUGUAUUAAAAGCCUUGAUAAAUCAUAGAAAUUAUUAAUCAUUUUUAAAGUUUAAGUUGGCUUUAAUUAAAAUAAUAAUAUAGACAUUUGUAAACAUUUAAACUUUACUAAACUUUACAGAUAAGGGUAAAAGGGCAGGGCUUUAAGCCACCCUGCAGGACUGUGUGUGGAGACAGAUCACAGGUCGAAGCGUGGAAGUGACCAUGUGGACUGUGUGGUUUCUUGUGGCUCCGUGAUCAUCUCUCAUCCCUUUGCCUCUCUGUUCCACUGUGUGUCCUUUGUACCCUGGAGCACAGUGAUCACCAGGUUGUGCUUUCUAACUCACCGGCAGGGGGACCCACCCAUGACUGCUGCACAUGGAGGCGAUGGGGUUGUUACCUGUAGGACAAGUUUGAGAUGUGAUUAACCCUGGUUACUGAGACUGUGUCAUGGAGCGGAUUUCUCGAGAAACAGGUCCUCUGUUACCGAGUAUGUGGCUCUCAUGAGCCAGGAGAGUAAACAUCCAUUUUUCUCUCGGGUCAUAGGCUCUCAGAAGGGAUUUUUUUGUUAUGUUCCUCCUCCUUCUCAGGGAUCUAGGGUCAUUUCUGAGUAUAUAUAGAAAGAAGGUCUGUGUUCACUUAAUUAUUUAUUUUUUCAUUUAUUGUUUAUACACUCUUCAGAUACUGAGUGCUGACUAUGGUAAUAGAGGCGUGUGGUAGGCUCGGGGAUGAAAGGGACCUGAGACUGAACCCUGGUCUUUGAGAAUACAAGGCCAGAUGCUCUUGCCUAUGUUCCCUGAGGUCUGGAAUACUUUUUCUUCUCGGCCUACGGGCCUCAUGUUUCUCAAGAGACAGGUCAGCUGUCCUCUCUUGAGGGACGCCUUCCUUCACCCACUGUCUGGGUGUUCAAACCACACUUUGUUCAAGUGCACAGGACGCCGUCUUUAUUCUUUGAAUGUCCAACUGGUUAGACCCUGAGUUCCUUGAGAACAGGACCCGUGUCCCAGUCAUUUGUUUCUCAAGCCUGUCGCCCAGGUACUUAGGUACUUAGGUACCAGGUACUUAGGAGACACUCACUCUGUGACUUUGCAAUCAUUUUUACCUUCCAGCUCGCCUUUUUCAGCCUCCCCAAAAGUGUAGAAGCAGGAAAAAUAGUGAGCUAAAAGCAGAGCUUGAUGGGAAUAUACAACUUUAAAAACAUAUUUUAUAACCUCUUACCCGGAUCCUCACAUUUGGAAAAAAAACCAUUCAAUUCUAGGUGUGUCGAAUUGCUGUCAUUGAGUAAAUAUAAAUCUAAACUGUUAUUGUGUAAGGAUGUGUAUCCAGUGAGCACUCAAUAAAUAUUAGUCACAGCUAUUAAACAUGCUUUGAUCUCACUAGUACUAGAGGUGGUUCCUCACUCUAUUUAGGCCAUUUAACUACUCACUGUCUUGUUAGUUGGUCCUUAUCUUGUAAGGUUUGUAGGUCAUAUUUAAUGGAGCUGAAUAUGAGGGUUGGCAGCAGUUACAUAAAUGACUUUGACUUUACAAAUUUUACAGCAAUCACUUGGAACGAGUUAUAUAUUUCCCAAGCUUUUGGUUUCCCCAGUGGCCUGAUAUAUUAGAGGAUAACUAUUAACUUGCAAAUUUUGUGAGAGUUGUUUUUUUUUUUUUUUUUUUAAUCAGCCAAAGUUGACGUUUUACCCAACGCCUGUGAUUUCUGUAUCGUAGGUGAAGGAGAGAAUCUCGAAUUGAGGCGGGGGAACAUUUUUCUUGUUUUACAUGGCCAGACAGAACAGCCCUUGGAAGAUGAUCCUUGGAAAGAGAUGAUCAUUUCUUGCUCAAACCAAAUAUACCUUAACUUCUGUUAUGUCUCCCACUGUAAAAUAAUCCUUUCUGGGACUUGCGUCUGGAAGUGCCCCAGGUUUUCCACAUGACCCUUAAAACACAGGGACAUUUGUGCUGCAUUUCAUAUUUCUUAUUUUGAAUUACGCCACUGUGUCCACCUGCAACGUCAUCUCCUGCUGGGCCUGGCGGGAUCAGAGGGUCCCGGAUUCCUUGGGUUUGUCACUAGAACCAGGAGGGCUGAGCGAGUGCAGGUGAGGCGGCCAGGGGGCAGCUGCCUUGGCCCUUCCCCCCCAGGUCCGCGCUCCCAUCCUGGUUCCAGAUCUCCCCAUCUUCAGUGUGAAGAGUCAGUGACCCCAAGGAAAGGCUGGAAAAUGUGUGGGGCCUGCUCUCCAGAUAUCUCACAUGAGAACUACUUUCAGGGUGAGAUUUGGGGGGUUGACUAGGGCAAGGCUAACUGAAAAUCUGAGUUCUCACGGGGGACCGCCAUUUCUUAAUUCUCCGAAGUUGGUUCCCUCUUGGUCCAGUGUUUCUGUUUUCUAGCACUUACAGCACUGAGUUCAUGGUAUUGUGUGUCCUUUCCUGCCAUCAGAUGGAGAAUUCUUUGGUGUGAACCAUGUUUCCAAUCUCUGAGGUCCCGGUGUAUACAACUGUGUUGAAUCAAUGAAUAAUUCUCUAGGAACUGAAACUGUUUUAAUUUAAAAGCUGUUAGCUGGGGCGCCUGGGUGGCUCAGUCGGUUGAGCGUCCGACUUCAGCUCAGGUCAUGAUCUCGCAGUUUGUGGGUUCAAGCCCCACAUCGGGCUUUGUGCUGUCAGCUCAGAGCCUGGAGCCUUCUUCGGGUUCUGUGUCUCCCUCACUUUCUGCCCCUCCCCUGCUCAUGCUCUGUCUCUCUCUGCCUCAAAAAUAAAUAAAAACAUUUAAAAAAUUUUUUUUAAAAAUAAAUAAAUAAAAAUAAAAGCUGUUAGCUAAUGGUUAGUAUUGGUAUACACUGAUUACUUAUGUGCCCUCAUUUCAUUCCACCCGUCCAUUAGGAUUUGAACUCAUCGGGCUUUAUCAGCAGUUUUUUAGCCCUUUAAACUACAGUACGGUUUGGUCCAUCCAAAGCAACAGCAGCAGCAACAACAACAAACAGACAAAGGAAAGUGAAUACCUGUUACCUGACAGGAAUGGCAGGCUAUGGGGACAGAGAAGAUAAAUUAAUCACUGGUCUCUGAUCUCUGGAGAAAGAGGUGUAAAGCCGUCACCCCAUCCCGACAGGCACCAUGGGUAAAGACUUUGGUAGAGAUGUGUGUGUGUCUGCAUAGGAUCACUGAAGAGAGGCACCAAUCCAGCCCAGGAGAUGCUGGAGAACUUUCUAGAGGAAGGGACGCCAAAACGUAACUUCAGAGGGUGUGCAAGGCUGCAUGGCAGGCAAAGAGGAAACCCAGAGAGAAAAGUGAUGUCACAUGAACAACAAACAGGGUGUGUUGGAAGGUGCAAAGCAGGAAGGGGGUCCAGGCCGGAGACUUGUCUCUGUGUCCUGUAGGUAUUGGGGAACCAAUGAAGAGUGUUAAACAGGACACAGUAGCAGAUUUGCAUUUCAAAUAGCUCACUCUGGUGGCAGCAUGAAGGGUGGAUUUCGGGGAGCCAGGCAGGGAAACUAGACAGGAAAUGAUGGGUGCCUGAAAUAGAGGCGAAGGGGAGGAGGUGGAUUGGGGAAAUGUGUAGAAGGUGAAGUUGGCUAGUGGUUGAUGGGAUAUGAGAAGUGAGGGGAAGAAGGAAUCAAGUAAUUUUCCUCCUAUUACUGUUAGUACCUGUUUCUUUGGUCUAAAUCCCAGUGACAUUUUUAAAAAAUUUAUUUGUUCUGUUUUAUUUUUUAACCCACGCUGGGUGUGGAGCCCAGUGUGGGGCUUGAACUCAUGAUCCUGAGUUCAAGACCUGAGCUGAGAUCAAGAGUCAGAUGCUUAACUGACUGAGCCACCCAGGUGCCCCCCCCCCCAUGACAUUUUUUAUAGCUCUGGGGAUGAAUCUGCAGGAUGCCUGAAGAGCCAAUGACUUUGAAGAUGACAAUUGUUGGUCAUAUUUCUGUUUGGCUUAAAAUUUCCCUAAAUCAAGUCUAAUUUUUAUUUUCAAAUUUAUUUUCAAAUUUACAUAUAUUCCUGUGACUAUUCAAACUAGAUGUGUAGUUUUUGCAAGAAGCACUUUAAAUCCCAAGAAAUGUCAAGAAUUGUAUGAGAUGAGAGAUUGUAGUUGAUUUACCAAUGUUGCCAAUGUAGAUAGCCUUCCGUCACCUCCCAGCCAGGCUGCUUCCUGCUCCCUGCAGUUCACUUAGCUUAGCACCUGGCGCUGUCCUUGGUGCUAGGUUAAAGGGUCCUCCUUUGUAAGACGGACACCCAAGUAGAUAAUAAAGUGUAAUGAGUAUAAUGAUACUUCUCUUCGGCCAGUCCUACUAAUUAUGACUCUAAGCAGUGGUAUUAUUUCUAAGAGAUUAACAUUGAGAAUAAUCAAUUCAGAAUAUUAAAUAAUCAAAAUGUCCAGCAGCAGAACAUUAGUUACAUAAACAGCUAACAAUAAAUUCCCUACAAUGGAAUUCCAAAAUGCUAAUAAAAUCUCUUGUUAGCAGAAAAGUGUUUAUUGACAUGACAGACAUUCAAACUGUCUCCAUAUCUGUAAGGAGAAAUAGGAUAAAAGUAGUAUAUAUUACAUGAUUCCAUUUUUGAAAAAAAAAAAAAAAAGAUACAGAUAUAUAGACCCAAAAUAUCUUCUUCACGCUCUAGCUUUCAUAUCCCACACAUGUGGACUCAAAUUUUUUCUCUGUGCCAACUCGUAUGCAGAACUCAGCAUCUCUCUGAAUUCCCAAAAAGACUUCAUAUGCACAAAACACGGCUGAUCAGCAUGGACGUAGAGGAUAUAAUAAGAAAAGUGGUGAGCAUUUACACCCUCAGAAAUUAUAGCAUCCCUCAGAAACAAUGUAGCAAUUCCCACUGAUCCGUGGUUCUCUCUUUCAAAGUCCCUUCUAGGCUGUGUUUCCACUCAGGAAACUUUUUCCUCCCGCUGCUUCCCAUCCCCAGCCGCCAUCACCGUCUUUGCUUUGUCACAUUCUGGGGACCACUAAUUCCUUACCCCUCUAAUAUUCAGAAUAAUCCAAAUCUGCCCCUGCUCUUGCCUCAAAUGUACAUACAUUCAAACUAGCCUGGGUCUCGAGUAAAGUUAACAUUGCAAGCUUUACACACACACACACACACACACACCUAAAGAAAGUUUAAUAAAACAGUACAUACCUUUGCUAUAGACUGCAAUCUAUGUUUUCUGUUUAAUGACCUGCUAGGGGCUCGUGACCCAGAGUUUGAAAAACUGCCGUAGGAGGCCACUUAAUGACCAGAAAACUUCAGCAUGCCUGUUUGGAAUCUUCUCAGAUUAUCAAAUUACUUCUUCCAAACACUGAGUGAAUACAUUUGUUUCCAUCUUGUUACACACCUGUGUGUGCCUAUACACAUGUACACACACACAUACACACACAGAGGAAUGUCAUAGUUUACAUUAGCUGUUUCUAGGCAAAGGGGUUAUUGGUGUGUUUUCUUAACAUUUUCCAAGAAUUUCUAAGUUUUCUGCACUGAGCAUGUGUUACUUUUGUAAAAGGAAAUGUAAACAGUAAAAAAAAAAAAUUUUUUUUUUUUUUUUUUUUUUCAGAGAAGGCUCAGCUUGGGUUUUUGCCCUUCUCGGAAGCCUUCCCUGACAAACUGCUUCUAGGUUCCCUCCACCUGUUUUUCCAUUUUGCCCUUUUGAUUUCGUGUGUCCCACACUUACAUGUUUACCUUAUAGUGGCCUGUUUCCAUCGUGUUUUCCUCCUGGUUCUCAGGCCUUUCCCCUUCCCAUGCUUCUUCACCUCCCUAGACCUCUUCUUCCUUCCCUUUGCAACAAAAUUCUUAAGCUGAGAUCCAUCGAUGAGCUGUGAAUCUCUCGAAAAUGGAUGCAAAAUUUAAUGUUUUUGUUCCUUUUCUGGGAAGCAGGUCCAAUUAGUUUGUCAGUGCCUACAUUAUGCCAGGCAAGGUUCUAGGUCUGAUCUUUUGUCAGACUCUCUAAAGAAUUCCUGACCCGCUGUUCUCCAUAGUCACCCUGUUUACUUUUCUUGCCUACAGUGUAGGUGCCAUGAGGUGAGGACUGGUCUGUGUUGCUCAUCACCAGGGUCCUACUGCCUAGAACAGUUUCUGAAACAUAGUAGAAACCCAAAAAGUGGGACCUUUCCUGUAAUUACACGUUACGAGGUAGAAAAGACAUUUAUUUUACUAUCCCCAUUUUCAUAGUUGAAUAAACAUUGCGAUGUUACUUGAGGAAGAAGGAGGGAAUCAUAAGCAUCAUGGGACUCUGGGAAGUCAGACUGGGCUUCACGCUGUCUUGUUGUGGAACUGGCCACGGAGCGUUCGAUGGGCACCAGUGUGGGGGUCUGUCUCCUCAUCUUUCAGGCUGGAUCCUGUGGUUGCCUAGGCCUUUCUAUCUGAAAAUCCCACCCUUGUUGGUGGGCUCAGGGGCCCAGCCCAAGUUUGCAGGAUCCGCAUAGUAUGAACACCAGGCCUCCUAACUGCUAACGCUUGGUUAGAGAAUGCUCGACAUGCUUGAGUUUUACUUUCCCUUUGGCUUCAUAUAAUAUGGUUCAUUUUGUUUUUGAAGGUAGUUUGUUCCAUAGAAACCAGACAGGAUGUUGUUUCAAUAGUAGGCUGAUGUCUCAACAUGACAUAUUGGCCCGCUGAGAUCUCCAAAAGUGUGAAACCCGCCUCUGUGCACUUUCUGGUACGGUGUGAAUGUCUGAUACGGUGUGAAUAUUCUGACCCGACGAAACUCCUGUUAAGAAUGAUCAGAUUAUCUCAUUUUGCCAUCAAAUUGUAUUUUGAAGUGUUAAGUUGGGUAGCGUAACUGCUCUUGCUGGUUAAGUAGAUUCUCUCAACCCCUGCAAAAUAUUAUUAAAAUCUGGUAAUUCAGUCUCUAGUGCAAGUUGUAUUCCGUGUAUUUUCUUCAGACCAUGGAUGCGACUAGGACCGUGUGUUUCAAGUUCAGCUCUGUGUGUGGUAUUCCUGUGAUAAUUUCAGGAUAUAAAAUAAGAGUUUACAAAAACCAACCUGAGACCGAUACUAUACAGCAGUUUAGCAGCAAAUUUCUACUCUGGGUAUUUAACAAUAAUUGGGAUCUUUCUACUGGCUUCGCAUAAACUCAGAUUAGUAGUAAAAUGUAAGCACCAGCCCAUUUGGCAAACUCCCGCACUUGAGGCUCACAAAUUUGCUUCUGAUUGUGCUUUUCGGUCGCACCUAGCUCAGAUUUUUGCUUGGUGCUUUUUUAAAUCCUCUCAUUUACAUACUGUGGUAAAUUUAAAAUGGGAACAGAUGAAGGCUGCUAAACUUUCCUAUUUCACUGAUGAAUAUGGUAUUUUGCUUCAACUAUCUAGCUGUGAUAUAUUCAAUGACCUUUAAAACAUGAAAUAGAUACUUCUUUUCAUAUAUGCUGUGCAAGAUGGAUUAUUAGUGUUGUCUUCCCUUUGAUGGGGCUGAGUCACAGAGGCCAAGCCCAACAUCUGACAACUAAUUGCAGCAGGGCUAAAACUCUGUUUCCUGUUGACGGGCUCACGCUGUCGUGUGGGCUGAAACGCCCCCUUCACGUGGGGUCCUCUUAGAGCUGCGCAGGUGAUGCAUCUACUCCCAAGUGCACUACAGUCUGUGGAUUAUGCCUGUUUGGGGUGUUAGAAUGCAUGGUUAGGUACGAAUAAGAAACGAGGUAGUGUCUUUUUGGGUGCCCAAUAGGGAUUUGGCUCUAGCUAACCUUAAUAUGUGAUCUUAUUUAUUUAUUUGUGUUUUUUUAAUGUUUAUUUAUUUUUGAGACACAUAGAGAGACAGAGUGCAAGUGGGGGGGCAGAGAAAGGGGGAGACACAGAAUCCAAAGCAGGCUCCAGGCUCCGAGCUGUCAGCACAGAGCCUGAUGCGGGGCUCAAAGCCACAAACCACGAGAUCAUGACCUGAGCUGAAGUCAGACACUUAACCAACUGAGCCACUCAGGUGCCCCACAUCAUUGAGAUUUCUAAAAUCAUGCUUCUUGUGCAACCUGCACUGUCUCCUGGUGACACAGGCCUGUGUCCCCACUGGAUGGUGAGCACCUGUGGGGAAGAGCUCUUUAUUGGGGCCUGCAUCUUGCAUAGCGAACAGACACAGCACUUUGCAGCUGAUAGACCAUGCAUGAGGUCAAGAUUUCAAUAAACACACCAGAUGUGGCAUUCCUAAUGCGGGCAUCUGGUGGUCAGAGAAAACUUCCUAGGGGAGUUAGAAUACAAUAAUUUUGUAACUGUUCAUUUUAGUUUCAGUAAUCAAAAUCAUUAUUAAUUUU